GUGAUGCUAAUCACAUCAGAUUCAGUUUGAUAUAAAAUGAACAGAAAUGAACUUUGAGAUGGCCUGACAAAGAAAAUUCUUAACACUUUUCAGUAUAUUCUUUUUUUAAGUUGGUGGGUACAGAACCAAUCUUCACCUUGUUAACAUCAGGUCGUAAGAACAAUCUCCCAUAGCAAGGUGUGCAACUAGCUGGAUCCCAUUAAAGGAUAUGGUUUGUAAUCUCAAAAAGCCUUUGUAAUCAGACCUAGAAAUGGAUUUGUUAAAAAUGUCAUAGUGAUUAUUGUGCUAGUAAGCUCACAUUAACAGUUCCUAUUGACUUUAAUCAUAAACUUUUUAGGAAGCAGCUGGGCAGGUUCAUUCUAAUUUAGGCAUCUUUCAUACCUGGAUACUUUUUUUGCACAAGAAACUUUAGUGAUUUUGCUGAUACAUAUCCGAAUGAUUUUCUUGUUUUCAAAUAAUGCAGUUAAAUAACACUGCAAAUCCACAAUCUGUACUUCCUACACAUAUAAAAGCGAAAUCACGCAUGGAAACUCAUUUAAGCUGUAACCUUUCCACACUUACCUUGGAAUAAGCCCAUUGAAUGCAAAGGAAAUUGCAUUAUGUAAGAGCAAGUGAUUAUUAUACUUUUUCAAGGAAAUGUAAUUAUCCUGAAGCAUAUUUAAAUAACCUGCUUAUGCAUGUUAAAUAUUAAUUGACAGAAAGUGUUAGUUCAAGAUUCUGUCAUAUGGUAAUCUUAUGAAUUAUCCUAUAAAGACACACACCUUAAUGGAACAAUCCUAUGCAUGUUUGGACAGAUAAAGGUUCUGUAAUUCCCAGUUUACUCCAACCAGCAUAGCUGCUGGAGGGGAUGCAGUGAUUUCCCUUUUAUUUAUUUUUUCCUGGCCAAGUGUAGAUAGGGUUAGGGUGCAGGAUUUCUCCUUUAUGCUGUAAUAUAUCUGAUGCAAGCUGAAUAUCCCAAAGUGACUAUUUCCACAAGGUAUUUUCUUGUCAAUACCAACAAGGUGGGUGACAGAUGCUCUCAGGAUGUUCUCUUACAACAAUAUCAUAAUAAAUGUAAUGUCUGACAGCCAGGCAAAGCCACCGUUAAACUAGUACAAGGGGAUGGUUCUUUAAAGAUGACGGUAGCAAAAUGUUAGUUCCAUUGGGCUUGCAACAUCAUUUUACUAGCUGAAUGAUGAGUGCUCAAGGUAAAUAUUCACAGUGCACAGUGUUGUUUUUCACAACUGAAAUGCUACGUUAUUGCAAAUAUUUUGCAUUAGAUUUGCAUUUGUAUCUCGUUUUUCAUGUUUCCUGGAAAUUGUGUUCUAUGAACAGACAAGGUGACGAAUGGAACAAUUUUCAUUAAUACUCUUAUUAUGAACUGUUAGAAGGAAAGAAUUUAAACUGCAAAGUAGAUACCUUUUCAGCUUGCCAAUGUUUCAUACAUUUCAACGUAACACGCAAUGACCCAAGUCCCGAUAUUGCUGUUCUUGGAUUGCCAAGCAUUGCAGCUGAUGGAAACCAAUCUAACUAAAAGUUAAUAUACAGAUUAAGGGAACUGGCUCAAAGACAGUUAUGGGACUGUUCAUAUGUAACCCUAACCCACCAUGGGAUAACAUUGCCAUGGAGCUUAGCAGAACCUGCUGGGUACCAUUUUGAAUAUUCAAGCAGUGGCACUCCUAGUAUAGUGUGAAGCUGGUGCCAAAGGUCGUUGAAGUGGGGAUGCCCUCAGAUAAUUAUAGCUUGUUUUACAGGAAUUUGAAGGUAGAACAUCCCACAACAGCAGGUUCACAUGAGACAACAAACCACAGUCUCCAUGCAACGCGUAUGCUUAGCACAACAGAACAGCUGCUCUCACCACAUCAAGCCACACUGGGCUUUGAUGUAAAUUGCCCAGAGAGCUUUGGUUAUGGGCAGUAUUGAAAUGAAAUAAAUAAGUAGUGAUAAUUGUGUUGUGUGAGCCAGGUCACUGUCUUUUAGCAUAAGGAGGUCUGUGUUAGGACAUCUUUCCAGCCUCCCUGGUACCCUCGUGGUGUGUAGGGCUGCAACAUCAUUCUCAGGGAGCAUGGCCAGUUACCUUGCUGGAUGUGGAUCGUGAGAAUUGUAGUCCUACUUACCUAUCUGGAAGCUGGCUGCCAGGCACUGGAAGGCAGUCUCUAUAACGAGUGUCGGGAAAUCUUGAUUCAGUGGAAAAGAGAAUAAGUUGCAGCUAAAGGUAUGCAUUUUCAUUACAUUGCGGGGACGGGGGUGAAUUCCCUUAGCCAAUAUUGAACAUGUGCAUUCUAAAAUAGUGCCAUGUUAAGGGUGAAUCACGUAUUAGUGAUAUUAUGACAAAUUAUUGUUUAUGUUCUUAAAUGUUGUAGGACUUCACAUAAUCAAAAGUGAAUCUGCAAUCCUAUACAUGGUACCAUGGGAGCAGGUUGCAUUAAACCAGUGAGGCCUGUAUGAGAUGCUACUGUAAAGCAUUUUUAUUUGAGAUCAAAGAGUUUGUAUAAACUAUGCAGAGACACAGACAUCCUGACAUUAUGUAAAAGCAAUAGCUUUUGUGAUUUGGCUGUAGUCAAUUAAUUAUAUGAUCUGGAUGCAGUCUAUUAAUUAUGUGGAAGACUAAAGAUAAAAGGCUAAUUCCUUGUUCUGAGGCCACUUCAGAUGCAGUGCCAGGAAGCAGGAUAGAAACUGAAGUAAUAAGAAUACCCUGUACAAGUGAAGUGGGAUUCUUAUUCUUACAUCUUUUCAAAAAGUACAAUUUUAAUACAAGUUUUCCAAGUAUGUUCUCUUACUUAAAUGUCAGUUUCUGUAGCUAGACUAUGCUAAGACUCUCUAAAGUAUCUUCAUAGAAAUAUUUUAUUUCUAUGAUAUAUCUGUAUUGGACAAUUGCCAGUCAAGAACUGUGUAACAACGUAAAUGGUUUUUUAAGUGUUUGUUUCCAGCUCUGUCUUUUCAGGCCAGGCACUUCCCAAGCUCAUUGUUCCUUUGUUCUAACGGAUGUGCAUGUGCGGAGCACUGACUGUUUUGUGCUCUGGCCUAGAUAGAUUAGAUAAAGUCUGAAUUUCUGAACUUCGCCUUCUAGGCACGCAACCUUUCUCUUUGCUCCAGGAAUUGUAUCCCACCUCUAAGUUCUUCAUUGGUUUAGAUAUUGAUUUAGGGGACAACCUAACUAGUUUUAAAUGCUCUGAAAUCCCAUUUAGGAGGAAAAGCAGAAAGCUAAAUGUGCUUAAUAUUUCCACUGAAAUCAAUGUAUGGCUAGAAAGGGCAUCUCCAUCCCGCACAUUCAGGGCAGGUUAUAAUCUGUUAAAAAUACAGACUCCUUUGCCAGCUCUUACAACCCAACUCUCAUCCAUAUUAUUCCUCUGUUUGCCAGAAUCCAGAACCAUGUUUAGGGCUUUAUCAGUCACAGACUGAUCUUUGAAUUACUGAUGUACCAGUGUCUUCCGCUUCUAUCGACCUCCCUCUGCCAUGAACUAGCAGCUGGAACAUCCAUAAUGCCAUCAAGGGCAGCCUGUGUCUUGCAGUGGUCUAGGCACAAAUCGGGGAGAAAAGGCCACUUGAACUUCAAGAGAGGGAAUGCAGAAGACAGUUCAGGGAUGGCGAACUGGCAGCCUGAGGGGAAGGCUCCUUUCCUGUCACGUGACCUCUUGCAGCUUGACCCUAUGGGUGGACUUAUUUGGAUGGAUAGUCCUCCCUUGUGCUGAUUUACUCCUGGCCCAUGCCAUUUCCUGAGUGACCCCACAGAGGAGAAAGCACAGCCCAAGCAAAAAGCAGAGACUGGUGCCCUGCUUAUUGCUUCCAUCCAUGCAAAAUCCUGCACCACCUGCAAGAUUUGAAGUCAAGAAGGACGCAAUUACAGCCACAGCCUUGCAGGUCUCCUGGAGUCCAUCCCCAGGAAAGGUAGACUGGUAUAAGCUACAGUUGUUUGAUAACACAAAAAAAGUUGCAGAGAUCCAAGUUCCUGGAGGCACUUCACAAAAUCAACACACUUUUACCAAUCUUGUCCCUGGCAGCAGAUACACUAUCUCAAUCACUGCAGCUGCUGGAAAUAAAAAAAGUGCUUCAGUCGAUAUCAGCGGUUCAACGGUUCCUUCUCCCGUGGAAAAUGUCAAGGUCUUAGUCAAGAUGGAGUCAAUCCACGUGUCUUGGUUGCCAGGAGUUGGAAAUGUGGAUCAAUAUAGGCUUGUUUUACUCCCUAAAGAUGGUCCAGUUCAAGAAAGAGAUCUAGAGAAACAGUACUUGUCAUGCAAUUUUUCAAGACUAACACCAGGAUAUCUGUAUAAUCUCACAAUAAUUGCCAAGGCUGAUGGGCUGGAGAGCUACAUUUUUAAACACAUUAGGACUGUCCCAGCCAGUGUCGUAGAUUUGAUAGUAUCUAAUGGUGGCAGCUCAAAUACAUUAAAAGUAUCAUGGAAGAAGCCUCCAGGAAACUUUGAUUUCUACAAUAUCACCUUAAUUCAUCUGGGAUCUGUUAAAGAAUGGAAAACUUUACAACCACAAGUCACGGAAACAUAUUUUGACAAGCUAAUUUCAGGACGCCUUUAUCAAGUUAAUGUCAGCACAGUCAGUGGUGAACUGUUCACCGAAAUGACAGCAUAUGGAAGAACGGUUCCCCAGCAAGUUCCAGAACUCAAAGCAGACAGUAUGGGUUCAUUGAGAUCUCUGAAAGUGAGUUGGCUGCCCCCUAGUGGAGACUGGGACAAGUACUAUAUUGUGCUGUUCGACCACGCCACGGUGUUGCUGAAUACUACAGUUCAGAAGGAUAAAAGAGAAUACAGUAUCAAAGAUUUAGGGCUCAUUCCUGGAAGGGAAUAUGAAGUGGCUGUUACUGUAGAAAGUGGAGGCUUGCAAAACACAGCACGCUGCAAAGGCAGAACAGCUCCACAGCCCGUUCUUCUGCUCCGCAUCAAGCAUGCAAAUGAGUCCUCUCUAAGUAUCAUGUGGGCAACCCCAGUGGCUGACUGGGAUAAAUAUGUGGUUUCAUUGGAAGACAGAACACUCAUUGCCAUAAACAAGGGUCUUGAUAAGGAGGCCACGGAAUUCACGUACACUAACUUGCUACCUGGACGAAAGUAUACAGCCAUUGUCACCAGCAUAAGUGGGAAUCUGAGCAACUGGACUUCAGUUGUUGGACGCACAGUUCCAGCUCAGGUGACAUGUUUACAUGUGGCAAACCAAGGAUCAACUGACAGUCUCUUCACCAACUGGACAAGGGCACUAGGAGACGUCGAUUCAUACCAAGUGUUGCUCAUUCAUGAAAAUGUGGUCAAAAAAAAUGAGAGUGUUUCCAGUGACACCAAUAAAUACCACUUCCAUUCUCUAAAGCCUGGAGGACUCUAUUCAGUGGUUGUCACCACAGUUAGCGGAGGAAUAAUUUCCAGACAAGCAAUUGCUGAAGGAAGGACAGUUCCUUCCAGCGUCAGUGGAGUAACAGUGAACAAUUCAGGGCGCAGUGACUACCUGAGUGUUUCCUGGCUGCCAGCCGACGGGGAUGUGGAUAGCUAUUUGGUGACGCUCUCCCAUGCAGGGCAGAAUAUUCACACUGUCACUGUUGCAAAAUCUGCCAACGAAUGUUCCUUCAACACUCUCACUCCUGGGAGACUCUACGACGUGACAAUAACCACAAAGAGCGGAAAGUAUGAAAAUCAUUCGUUCAGUCAGGAAAGAACAGUGCCUUCAAGUGUCCAGGGACUUACGGUGAGCAAUUCUGCAAGAAGUGACUAUUUAAAGGUGUCCUGGCUGCACGGCACAGGAGACUAUGAUAAUUAUGAAGUGAUCAUCAAACACAACAAUGACUUCAUCCAAACAAAAAAAAUCCCCAAGGAUGAAAAUGAAUGUGUGUUCACUAACCUGGUUCCGGGAAGACAGUACAGUAUCACUGUUAGCACAAGGAGUGGAAAAUAUGAAACUAGUGAAAGGGCCAAUGGAAGGACAGUCCCAGGAUCUGUGAAGAAAUUAACACUUAGUGAUAGAAGCACUGAAUCACUACAUGUUACCUGGUCUAAAGCUGAUGGUGAUGUUGAUCAAUAUGAGAUUCAACUUCUCUUCAAUGACAUGAAGGUUUUCCCACCCAGUCAGCUUGAAAACACAUUUGAAAAUUUCCAGUUUACAUCUCUCACUCCAGGACGCCUUUACAAAAUUCUUGUCGUGACCAGAAGUGGAGAAGCACAACGUACUGCUUUCAUAGAAGGACUGACAGUUCCCAGUGCUGUUAAGAGCAUUCAUAUUUCACCCAGUGGAAUGACCAACAGCUUGAAAGUGAAUUGGACCCCUGGAGGAGGAGAUGUUGAUUCUUAUACCGUCACGAUAUUCCAUCAGAACCAACCCCUCGACACCCAGACUGUUUCCAAACAUGUGUAUGAGUACACAUUUAACAAACUGAUCGCAGGAGAGCAGUACAAGGUUGUUGUCCAGACAAAGAGUGGCUCCUUGUACAACAAUUCAACAGCCUCUGGAAGAACAAUUCCAGCUUCUGUUCAGGAACUGCACGCUGACAAUGAGUACAGCAGCCAUACACUGAUCAUAACCUGGCACAGCGCCGCUGGUGUGGCUGAACGAUAUGACAUCCUCCUCUUGACUGAGCAAGGCAUCCUUCUAAGGAAUCAAUCAGAACCAGCUACUUCUAAACAGCACAAAUUUGAAGAUUUAAUACCAGGCAAGAAAUAUAAAAUACAAAUGUUGACACUCAGUGGUGGCCUUUUCAGCAGCCGAGCAGAAACUGAAGGCCAAACAGCUCCAGCAGCUGUCACAAAUCUGAAGGUAACAGAAAGAACCACUGGGCGCCUGUCAUUUAGCUGGACUGCUUCUCAGGGAGAGCUGGACAAAUACGAUAUCUUUCUUUACAAUCCAGACAAGUCUCUUCAGGACAGAAUUUCAGGGGGGAAGAAUUUCCAACAAUAUUCUUUCCAGAACUUGGUGCAGGGCAGGUUGUACAAAAUGGUGAUUGUUACCCACAGUGGCAAGCUUACUAAUGAAUCAUCCAUCUCUGGGAGAACAGUUCCAGCUCCAGUUAGCAAUCUCAAAGGAUCUAAUAAGAACAUGACAGAGAGUCUGUGGUUCACCUGGAACCCCGCCUCAGGAGACGUUGAUCAUUACGAACUGCAUCUUUACAACCCAAAUGGCACCCAGAAGGAAGCACAGCGUGGGAAGGACUUGACAGAGUGGAAUUUCCAGGGCUUAGUCCCUGGUAGAAAAUAUACCCUUGUUGUUGUUACCUAUAGUGGUGAGCUGACCAAUACAGCAAACACUGAGGCAAGAACAGUGCCAAUCCCUCCAAAUACCGUAUCCUUUGCUGAUGUCACAAACACCUCCUUGUCCAUCACGUGGCUGGGUCCUCCAGACUGGACAGACUAUGAUGACUUUGAGCUGCAGUGGACUCCAAGAGACAUCCUCACAGUUUUCAAUCCUUACAGCAGUGGCAAAUCAAAAGGUCGCAUUGUAUAUGGCCUCCACCCAGGGAGACUCUACCACUUCAGUGUCAGGAGUGUUAGUGGCAUCAUGCGGAAGACUUACAGUAAAUCACUUUCUGGAACUGUGCGGACAAGACCAGACAAGAUUCAAAGUCUACACUGUCGACCACAGAAUUCUACUUCCAUUGCAUGUUCCUGGGUCCCUCCUGACUCUGACUUUGAUGGAUAUAGCAUUGAAUGCAAGAAAAUGGAUACUGAAGAGAUUGGAUUUUCCAGAAGAAUAGACAGAUAUAUAUCUGUGUUUAACAUCAUGAUGCUUGUGCCCCACACAAGAUAUUUGGUGUCCAUCAAAGUACAAUCAGCUGACAUGACCAGCGAGGUGGUAGAAGAGAGCACUAUCACUAUGAUCGAUCGCCCUCCACCACCACCUGCACAUAUCCGAGUGAACAAGAAGGAUGUGAUCAUUACCAAAUCUUCCAUCCAUUUCACUUUCAAUUGCAGCUGGUUCAGUGAUACCAACGGUGCUGUGAAAUACUUUACUGUGGUUGUGCGGGAAGCUGACGGCAGUGAAGGACUGAAGCCAGAACAACAUCACCCUUUACCUUCUUACUUGGAAUACAAAAACAACAAAUCUAUCCAAAUCUAUCAAACAGAUUAUUUUGCAAGUAAAUGCACUGAAAGCCCUGACAGCUUUUCAAAGAGCUUUGAUAUUAAGCUUGGUGGAGAGAUGGAAAAUCUGGGAGGAAAGUGUGACCCAAAUCAGCAAAAAUAUUGUGAUGGACCAUUAAGACCCAGCACUGCCUAUAGGAUCAGUAUCCGAGCUUUCACACAACUUUCUAGAGAAGAACUGAAGGAACACCCCGAGCCCCUGUUCUCAGAUACCUAUUUCUCUUUGCCAAUCACUACUGAGUCAGAGCCCUCAUUUGGAGUUAUAGAAGGAGUGAGCGCCGGUGUAUUCCUAAUCAUUACACUGGUGGCUGUUACUGCAUUGUUCGUCUGCAGACGAAAAGUAAACAGUGGCCAUGAAAGGCCAACCGUGAGAGUGAGCUUACGCAAGGACAGGCCACUUUCCGUCCACUUGAACUUGGGACAAAAAGGGAGCCGAAAAACUUCCAGCCCAAUAAAGGUAAAUCAGUUUGACAUGCACUUCACUAAACUCCAGGCAGAUUCCAACUACCUUUUGUCCAAGGAAUAUGAGGAUCUAAAGGAUGUGGGCCGAAACCAAUCAUGUGACAUAGCACUUCUGCCAGAGAACCGAGGAAAAAAUCGAUAUAAUAAUAUAUUGCCCUAUGACACAACAAGAGUGAAACUUUCAAAUGUAGAUGACGACCCGUGUUCCGACUAUAUCAAUGCAAGCUACAUCCCAGGCAAUAAUUUUCGCAGGGAAUACAUCGCAACUCAAGGACCUCUGCCUGGCACAAAGGAUGAUUUCUGGAAAAUGGCAUGGGAACAAAAUGUUCACAAUGUUGUCAUGGUAACCCAAUGCGUUGAGAAGGGUCGGGUAAAAUGUGACCAUUACUGGCCCUUUGACCAAGAUUCCUUAUAUUAUGGUGACUUAAUUGUCCAAAUGCUAUCUGAGUCUGUGCUCCCAGAAUGGACAAUAAGAGAGUUUAAGGUUUGCAGUGAGGAGCAACUUGAGUCCUCCCGACUUAUUCGUCAGUUCCAUUAUACUGUGUGGCCUGACCAUGGUGUUCCAGAAACCACCCAGUCCCUCAUCCAAUUUGUGAGAACUGUACGAGAUUACAUCAAUCGAACACCUCAUGCUGGACCAACCAUAGUACACUGCAGUGCUGGAGUUGGUAGAACGGGCACAUUCAUUGCACUGGAUCGAAUUCUUCAGCAGUUGGAUUCAAAGGAUUCUGUGGAUAUCUAUGGGGCAGUGCAUGAUCUGAGGCUUCACAGGCUUCACAUGGUUCAGACAGAGUGCCAGUAUGUAUAUUUGCAUCAAUGUGUGAGAGAUGUUUUAAGAGCAAGAAAGCUACGCAGUGAACAGGAAAACCCCUUAUUUCCAAUAUAUGAAAAUGUGAAUCCAGAGUAUCACAGAGAUGCUGUUUAUUCAAGACACUAAGGCUGUAACAUUCCUGCUUUUUGCAGUCUGUCUGUUAGCUAUUUUUAAUUAAUUUUAAAAAAUAUUUUAUGCACUACAAAAGUGCCAGACAUGUUUGAAGCUGUGUAUAAUUUAUUGGUCUGGUGAAAUUUUAAAGUAUAUAAUUUAAAUAUAAUAGAUUUUGUAUAUAAAUGUAUUUUGAUAUGUAAAUAUGUAUGUUAUCUAUUUUAUAUUAAGCUUCAGAUAAUACUAUUUUUCCAUGCUAAAGUUAUUUUAAUGAAUUAUUCCUUAUAGACUGCAAAAUCAUAUUGCAGCAUGAAUUAUUCCUCAUGCUGCAAAACUAGCAAGACUUUUAAACUUUGCCCAAUGCUGCAAAGGUCCUUUAAGUGUAAGGCAUGGGUGGGCAAUCUUCACAUCCUCAUCUAGCCACUGCUUGCAUGUGCGUGAGGCAAGACUUGUAGGUUGUUUAGACUCCUGAAGAUAGCAAAAUUUCUUAAAUAAACUACUUCCCAGCCCUUAUGGUUGCAGAUAGAUGAUACCAGUGACUUUGUAAUGCUGAGAAACAAAUGUGCCAAACUCUAACUAAAGAAUCAGAGGUUUUUAACUAACAUGCCUAUCAAACAAUCUUUUCUUCCCUGUCAAGGGAAUUUAAGAAACUUGAUUUUCUUUUUCUGUUGAACUGUAAGCAUAAAGUAAGGUCUCGAACAUCCCACGGCAUCCAGUGUUACACUGAAAAUAGCAUUUCUGGCAUCAGCAUACAGUUUAUUUCCAGUGUAACCCUGUGCUCAAUUUCAUUAGUAACCAGAUGCUUGAAUGGGCCAGUUUUAUAAAGAUGAUGUAAUAUGUUAGGACAAUAAAGAACAGAUGCAGGACAUUAAAUAAUUAAAUUAAUUAAAGGAUGCAAUCCUGUACAUGUUUAGACAGAAAAAAAUCCUACAUCACUCAGCCUAUCCCAGAUAGCCAAGCUGUUGUAGGACUUUGCAUGUCUAAGCAUACAUUAGAUUUGUGUCCUUAAACAUCUUUGCUUAAUGGGACAAUGAGAGACAAAGUGCUUCUAACAGUAACACUAAUUGCAAUUCCUAAAUAUAAAGCAAGCAUUGAGCCUGAUCUAAAAAAAAACUUGCAGUAAAUAACCAUGUAUAGAACAGAAAUACAUGGAUGCCGGCAUUCUAGAUCCAAAGCCAAGCCAUUCUUAUAGCAUGUUGACAAAAUUUUGAAGACAGACCAAGAGUUUGAUGAUGAUAGAAAAGGCCAAACUUUCAUCUGCCUAGUAAAGACACAAAGUCUUAUCCAUCCAAGGCAAAAAGAAUGCAAAAAGAAUGAAUUGUAGCCCUUUAAAACAUUUUAAUGACAUAAAAUGUUUUCAGCAUUGUGGGUCAUUGCAAAUGAUGCUGGGUCAGGGGGAUGGGGAGGAGAUGGAUGAAUUACAUUUUUAUCACAUCAUGUGAUGUUUCUGGAGAUUGUCUACAUAAGGAAACUUUGCAGUAUAUUAUUUUUGACUUCACUUGUAAGCGACCUUUCAAACAAAAUGACCAAACUGCUGAUCUACAGCAGAUCUUGCUGCCCAGAAUGAGGGGCAUCCACCCAGGGAAUUUUACAAAGGACUGGAAAUAUAACAGACGGAGGUUGUGUAAUACUUCUCCUGAUAAACUAUGGGUGAUGAGCACUGUAUAUAAGGAGCAAUCUGCAGCCCCCAGACACUCAAUACUUAAUGAGAGUGUAAAUGCUGAUCAACAUGAUCUAAAACUGCCUUGAUGUUUGCGUGCAACUUGAAGCACACACUCACUGGCUAUGGUCAUCCAACUCCUUUAUCCUAUUUAGUGUGUGAUGAAAACUAUAGCUUCUUUCUGCUCUUCAAAUCACACAUUUAAAACUGAUCAGGCAGAGUUUGGGAAUCAACCAAUCCUAAGAACCCUCCAACACUUUUCCAAUCUUCCAGUUGCUGGUGUUCUAUGUAGUAACACUGGGUAUAACCUUCCCAUAACUCUGACCCCCAAAGGAAUUCUCUCAGAACAUUGGCCCUGUUGAAUGGAAGUGCAAAAGUGUACUUUUGAGUGCCCUGGUCUUCUGUCACUGGAGGACACUGAAAGAUCGGUAGGCUUCUGUCAUAGAUGUGUUGCUAAAAUCAGGUAACCAUGGAAUCUGUUUAGACUGGUUGGUUGCAGGCUCACAUGAGCAGAAAAUCGAAUUUGGAAUCAUUUGUUGAUCCUAGGAGAAAGGAAAUGGGAACUAGUACAACCCUUGUCACCAAGGAGACAGAUGGAGCAGAUGUUUCUUCCUUUUUAGCAUUUUAUGGGCCAGGUAUUUUGCUACAGCAAAGUGCAUGCCAGUGAAUGAUUGAGAAGAAAACUCCCACCAUGGGUCUGUAAAAUUUAGCCCAACUGAAGUGGAUUUAUUCCACAGAAUCUUCAAACCAUGUAUAUUCUGUGUAUAGAUUCAGGGGCUCCACAGACUUUGCACAGUUCUUUUUGAGAUGCCACAAUCCCAAUAUAAAUCUGGUGUCAGUUUCUGGCUGCUUGGUAUUUCUCCCCUAGCAAGGACAUCUGUGAUCCUAGUCUGACUGAACUUUCUCCAACCUGGUGCCUUCCAAAUGGUUUGGACUUCAGCAUCUACCAUCCCAGCCAUAUGGUCCAUGCUCAGAAAUGUUGGCAGCUGUAGUCCACAAUAUCUGGAGCCAGUGUGGUGUAGCGGUUAAGAGUAUGGGACUAGGAUUCAGGUGAUCCGGGUUCUAGCCAUGGAGCCAACUGGGUGACUUUGGGCCAGUCACAGACUCUCAGCCCAACUCACCUUACAGGGUUGUUGUGAGGUUAAGAUUAGGAGGGAAAGGAGCAUGUAAGCUGCACACCUUCAUAAGAAGGUCAGCAGGAUAGGAAAGGCUGGCUGACCUUUCUCCACAUAGGUAUGUCAGGCAAUUCUGAAUUCUGGGCAACAGCUGCAUCUAACAUGCCUUGAAGGCAUUGCUCCACGCCACCACUGCAUGUAGUGACCAAAGCCAUAUCCCUUGUAUGAAUUUCCAAAGUUCCUUCUCACAAAAGUCCAUCACAAACAUGAUUGAAUAUUCAGUACUGGAACAUAUAAAAAGGAACAGUUGUCAUUUCUUUGUCCUGCAAAAGUAGCACAACUUAAACUCAUUGAGUUGUGGGGAGGGACAGAAAUCUGCCCUGGAGACAGCUAGCCCACUUACUAAGAUUGGUUUGGUUUUAAAAAGAAGUCAGAAAGUUGUGAUUCCAAGGGGAAGUGGAAAGAGCAGUGUUUGUCAGGAUUAUGAAUUGAAAUUAUCGUUUCCCUGUUUACUUAGCAAGACCAUAAAAGGGCUAAUUUUAAUCAUCAAAGCCUUGAGCCUCUUUUGAGGGCAAUGAAUCUGGUGUUCAUUGGCAAACCUGUUCUUCUGGCACCAUAGGAAAUGAGAUUAGUUACCUAUAAUACAAUUACAAUGUGGUGAACUACUCUGAAAAAAUAACAAGUGCACUAUAUAAAUUAUCCCAGUAUCUAUUGUGGUGUCAUCUUUCUGCUGAGGGAAUGAAUCCAAUUCAAUAAUAUAUGAUGUGAGAGCAAGCAUUUUGGAAUGUGCAUCCUAUCUAAAAGAUAGUUUAUCAUUCUUCAAAGAAUACAAAUGACAUUCAAUUUUCUCAUUUCUCUUUUCUCCUUAAUUUUUCAUCUUUGUAUGCAUUAUGUAUACAAAUAAGACUGCAUCAUUCUCCGACUUCCAAUAGAUAUUCUAACCAUUUCGAGACACCAUGCUUGUGAUUGGUUUCUGAAACUCUCCCUUCCUGUUUGAAUCAAAUAACAAAUAGUCCUGUGUAUAGCAGGCUUCAUAUUUACCUCUGAUGAGUAAAAGUAGCACGCACUUUGCAUGCAGAAGGUACCAUUAUAAUGAAAUAGACCAACCUAUUCAGCAGAAUGUCAAAACAAACUGAAAUAGGGAAAGAGUGGGGUGGGGCAGGAGUCCUAAAACUUACCUCAUAAUCCAGUAGUUCUAGUGUCCUGCAAAUGAGCGCUGAUGUGUAUUUACAGAAACUGAACUGAGAAUGCCCUCCAAGCGCUGAAUGUGGAUUCCUUAUUGUGCUCAUCGAGCAUUUCAUGCCAAAAGAGUAGUGCAGCCCUUAAACAUGUACAGAGUUCUAUGUGCCAAGCGGAGCUCUAGAAAUAGUAUGUUACUGAAAUAGAAAAAAUAACUCCUGAACUAAGCCCUUGCUUCAAAACAUAAAACUAGUUUGGGAAUUGCUACUUAGCAAUCAAACACUUCUGAUGAGCUGCAAUCUAUCUGCAAAUGUCCCACUGUUAGGUGUAAUAGAAGACGUACAUGAUCAAGAACCAAAAAUUAGCCCUGUGUGAUGCAAGAUGCUUCAUCCAAUACUUACUGGCUUUUACAUCACAGAAAAAAGAAAUGAAAAGAAUAUGACAAUAGUCUGAAGUUGAUCCAUUUUAUAACUAAUAUACAGAAAGUAUAGCUUGUGUUCAUAGUUAAUGCAAGCAAAGCAUUUUAAAUGCUUGGUACCCAGUUUUGCAACAUAUUUUCUUGUUAAGUCAAUAAGUAAAAUUUGCUUCCUAAAGUCAAAACUCCUCUGGAUUUCAAGAUAAUAUCCCCCAUUAAACUACUAUUAUGAUCUAAUCUAAAUUGCCUGUUUUCCCUUUCUGUUCAAAUAUCAAGCAAAUGCUGCCAAAGAACAAUGUGGUAUUUUAUGCAAUAAUAUAUGGACAGCCAGUUAAGAGAUUAAACACACACAUACAGCAAGAGGGGAAAGGAAAGGAAGAAGAAUGGAUGCAGAUGCAGAUGCAAAGUAGGCUGCAGAUUACAGUGCGAUUGUAUAAAAUAACAGUAUAUUUUAGUCCAAUUCCAUUAAGAUCAAGGAGAUUUGUUAAGCAUCACCUCAUCAUCAAUAGCCUUGCAGAAGAUUCAUAAAACACCUACAGAAUCAGAGAGCUAUAACUGUGUGGCCUCCUUAUACUGAGUACACCAACAAAAUAAAGCACUUGAAAGACUUUUAAAGCCCUUGAAGGAAAUAGUCCCUUCAGUGAACUCAUUACGUUUAACUGAUACUGUUUAAAAAAUGACAUCCUAUUACACGUAACAGUGAUUAAUUUUCCAUGGGUUGAAAACAAAAAUUGUGUUGGUAAAAGUCAAUAGACCCAAGCAAAAUAUGUAAUUCUGGAAAAUGAUUUACAACAUCUUAGCAAUUAAUUUGAAAUAUGAAUGCUAUAAAUUCUGUACCGUUGAAGAAUUGAAAAAUUAUCUGAGGAAUUAUAUUACCUUGUUACAUGCCACAUAUGGUGCCUAGCUAUGCUUCUAACAAACCAUUUACCAACAAAGGGCUACUGUUAAUUUAUAUUAUGUAUUUUAAGUAUAUUUUUAUAUUGAAAUCAACCAAUUCAAUAUUUCUGAGCACCUGUCACACUUUCUUUAUGAAUGACUCAUAAAUAAAACAAUUGCUUAUUUAAAACAA